AUGAUUAAGCCAAAAGGAAGUAGAUCAUCACAUAAAGUUGAAGGUCGAUUUAACCGACGUGGAAAACUACGACGCGCACACGAAAAGCCGGUCUCACAAAGUGUCAGCAUGGAGCAAUUUAAACCAUUUCCUGGAUUUGGCACACUAGCAACGCACGAAGGACAAGAUCCAGAGAAAUGGACUUCGAGGGCUGUCGUUCCCCCCAUUUCGAUGUCUACAACGUUCAAACAGAAAGCACCUGGGGAGCACUAUGGAUUUGAAUAUUCAAGAAGUGGAAAUCCAACCAGAAAUUGUUUAGAGGAAUGCAUAGCAGCUUUGGAAGGUGGAAAACAUGCACUGGUGUUUGCCUCAGGACUUGCUACCACAACUGCAGUCACCUAUCUUCUAAAGUCAGGGGACCAUAUUGUCAGCAUGGAUGACUUAUAUGGAGGUACUAACAGAUUUUUCAAACAAGUGGCGACCAGAAUGGGGGUGGAAACCUCCUUUGUUGACUGCACUGUCAUUGAUAAUGUAAAAAAAGCCAUGAAACCAAAUACAAAGCUGGUUUGGUUAGAGACACCUACCAACCCGACCUUAAGAAUCGUGGACAUAGCUGAGGCCGUGAAGGUCAUCAAGCAGAAGAACAAGGACAUCAUUGUCGUCGUUGACAACACCUUCAUGUCCUCAUAUUUUCAGCGUCCUCUGGACUUUGGAGCUGACAUGGUCAUGCAUUCCUUAACAAAAUAUAUGAAUGGACAUUCCGAUGUUGUGAUGGGUGCAGUAGCAUUGAAAGACGAUGGAUUGUGCGAGAGACUUAGGUUCCUUCAAAAUGCUUUUGGAGCAGUUCCCUCCCCUUUUGACAGUUUCUUGGUGAACAGAGGUCUGAAGACUCUGCAUGUUAGAAUGAAGGAACACAUGAAAAAUGGAUUGGCAGUUGCCAAAUUUUUAGAAUCUCAUCCAUGUGUAGAGAAAGUUAUUCAUCCAGGAUUGCCAUCCCAUCCCCAGCAUGAACUGGCAAAGAAGCAGAUGAGGGGGUUUAGUGGAAUGGUCACAUUCUACAUUAAGGGGGGACUUAAAGAGGCCUCAGAAUUUCUAAAGAAUGUCAAGGUUUUCACUCUGGCUGAAAGUCUGGGAGGUUUUGAAAGUCUCUGUGAGCUUCCAUCAGUGAUGACUCAUGCAUCUGUCCCAGCAAACGAGCGAGACAAACUUGGAAUCUCGGACAAUCUCAUCCGACUCUCGGUAGGAAUUGAAGAGGAGGAGGAUCUACUUCAGGAUCUGGACCAGGCUCUGAAGGCUGCUACUGGAAAACCAGGGGCUUCCCCUAACAAGAAGAGGAAAGUGGCCAAGUAAUCUACCGUCCCAGCAUUAAAGUUUAAAGUGGAGAAGAGAUCUCAGCUAAGGACCAAAUCCAAACGGCAUUGUAAUGUGAUGCAUAGUUUUCACUGGAUUUCAUCAGCUUGUUACCUAGAAGCACAAUCAUAGUGCCAUACCAUUUCUUCAGGUCUUCAAUAGAAAUUAUUAAAAUUUAACAAAACAACAAAAAUUUAACUUGGAGCAUUUCACCACAUGUCCCUACAAUGACAUUCUCUCUUUUGUUCCAUUUUUAGAAACAUAUUUGUACAGUUUAUUUAGGUUCAAUGAAUGUGUGUUUUGAACAUGAAAUCUGAAUAAAACCAUCAAAAAAAU